UAAAUAAACGAUAAUUAUCCAAUUAACAAAGCAAUGGAAGGCGCCAAUGUGCUCGCGGACGAACUGAUGCGGCGUCUGAGCGAUGGCGGCACCUUGGAGGAGGUGAUCGACAGCGAGAUGUUCGAGAAGACGCAAUUCGCGGAUGCCGACGACAUUAUCGUUGUGCACAUGGAUAUCAGGGAGCCGCUGACGGCGCUGAAAAAACUUGUUGAGGACAAAAUUGACGUGGAACUGCACUACUAUUCGUUUUGGCUGCAGGAUGCCCAAGAGCUGGAACCGCACAAGAACCUUGUGGAUCAGUGCGUUAAAGGCGAAGGCCUGGUACAGAUCAACGUCCAAAUCCAAACCAUACAAAAAAGAAUCAACAUAGUGGACGUCCUGAAGCCCACAGAUGACGCGCUGGCCGAUCAGGGCCCAGAGGAAACCAUCUCGCCGGUGACGGCCCAGCUCUCGCCGCCCGAUUCGUUGAGCGUCAAAAGUUCGCCCACCGUUAGUCCCGUGAAAACGGAGAGCCUCAAGCGCAAAAGGGUCAAAGAGGAGUCGGAAGAAGAGCCCGUGGAGCCGGUCAAGAGUGUGAAGCCCGUGCUCAAUUGGGUGCUGGACAGCAAGUUCAAGCGGGAGCAGACGCGUCUGAAUAUCCCCGAGGUGGCCAGCGAAUGGACCACGGCCCAUGUGAGCCACUGGCUGGAGUGGGCCGUGAAGCAGUUCGAGCUGAACGACAUCAUCAUGAGCGACUGGCAGAUCAACGGACAAGAGCUGUGCGCCAUGACGCACGAGGAGUUCAGCCAGAAGCUGCCGCACGAUCCGGGCAAUGUUUUCUGGACACACCUGCAGCUGCUCAAGGAGUGCAACUUUGUGUCCGUCGUUCACAAACAGGCCGAGGAGCUGCGGAAGCCCAAGCAACCGAAGAUCGUGAUUCCCAGCAGCACGGCGGCGACUUCUGCGACGUCCCUCGAACAGCGGAUCAUGAGGAAGUCCUACCAGAGCGUCAAGAGUACGGAUUCCGACAGUUCGCCAACGCCACAAAGCCCCACAAAUUACACCGCAGUUGGCUCCGGGAACAAUGGCCAGGUGCAGCUGUGGCAAUUCCUGCUCGAAAUCCUCACCGACUGCGAUCACUCGGACAUCAUCGAGUGGGUGGGCACCGAGGGCGAGUUCAAGCUUGUCGAGCCCGAUCGCGUGGCCCGCCUCUGGGGCGAGAAGAAGAACAAGCCCGCCAUGAACUACGAGAAGCUGUCGCGCGCCCUGCGCUACUACUACGACGGUGAUAUGAUCUCCAAGGUCUCCGGCAAGCGGUUUGCCUAUAAAUUCGACUGCGAUCUGAAGCUGCUGAUCGGCUACGAUGCCCGCGAGUUGUCGCGGCUCGUCAACGAACGCAAACGAUCGGCCGAGAGCGUGCAGGCACUGGAGGCCUUGAAAGAGGCCACAUGACAGGGCGCAUAUGCG